CGGGGGCGCGCCAGGGACCGCACGAGGCAGCGGCCCGCCGCAGACGCGCCGGCCAGGGCCGCGCGCCGCCGCAUGCUGGACCGGCCGCAGGCGCAGCAGCCGGAGGACGACGAGUACGACAACUACGACUACGCCGAGUACGAUCUUAACGGGGAAGACCUGGAUGUCGAAAACGGCGACAUAGACGACGUGGAGGUGGAGGCCACGACGCCGCCGCCGACGCCGCCUCCUCCACCGCCGACGCCGCGCCGCCCGCCCCCGCCGCCUCCCACGCCUGUGGCGGUACCUCGGUUUCCACCGUCGCCCCCGCCAGAGCCGGAGCCACCGGCGACGCCACCCCCGCCCCCGCCCCCGCCACCGCGACGGCAGCCGGUACCAGCCACUCCACCACCCACGCCACCUCCGGUCAAAGAGCCGCCACCGCCGCCGUCUGGUAUCCCCUCCGCCUCCAGAGUGGAGCCAGUCAUCCCGGGGAAUGGUGGGUGCCUCUUUGAGGGCAGCGUGUAUCAGGAUGGGGAGGAGUGGAGGGCCGAUGCUUGCUCGUCUUGCUCCUGCUCGCGGGGUCGUGUCGAAUGUAUGCUGAUCUCCGGAUGCUCCAAAGAUGACAGGUGCAGAGACGUCAUUUGUGAAGAUCUGGUGUGUGCGACGCAGCAGUACAUUCCACUGGGCGAGUGCUGUCCAGUCUGUGCAGAUGAACCUGAACCAGAGCUGACAGUGCAGCCGACUGGUGGUGGAAGGCCAUAUGGAGAAAGACCCAGUUUGCCACAGACCAAUGUGGAAACAGUUCCUAUCCCUGGACCUAGGGGAGAGAGCGGACGACCAGGAGAGCCAGGAAGACCAGGAGAGGCAGGAUAUCCCGGACCACCGGGACAGCCGGGAAUCCCAGGACUGCCCGGUCCGCCGGGACCCGCUCCAGAUAUCUCGCCGUUCUACACCCAGCUGGCCCUCUCGCAAGCCUCUGGCGACAAGGGCCCCACUGGGGGUGGCGGCCUAGGAUUCGGCUUGUCUCCAGAUGCCUACCAGUACCUUCACGCGCAAGUCGGACCGGUCGGACCGAGGGGCCCUCCAGGACCACCAGGGCCACCAGGACCACAAGGCUUCCAAGGUGUACGAGGGGAACCCGGAGAUGCUGGACCCGUGGGUCCUCCGGGAACUCCCGGGCCCAGAGGACUUCCGGGACUGCCCGGAAAGGACGGAGAGCAAGGUGACGACGGAGAGGCGGGACAACCCGGAUCGGCCGGUCCCCCGGGACCCAGGGGCCUGCCGGGCAUGCCGGGCCUCCCGGGCAUCAAAGGGCACCGCGGCUUCCCUGGACUGGACGGAGCUAAGGGUGAACAGGGCCCCAGUGGCGAGAAGGGCGCACAGGGCACCACAGGGCCCAUGGGACCCAUCGGUCCGAUGGGUCCAGCCGGACCGAGAGGCGAGAGAGGGCGAGAGGGUCCUCCAGGACCUCCCGGCCUCAGGGGGAUCGAUGGAAUUUCAGGACCACCAGGCCCUCCGGGAGCCAUUGGAAAACCUGGACCACCUGGGUUCCCUGGAAAUCCUGGUGCCAAAGGAGACCUAGGACAUCCAGGUCCGAAAGGAAGCCAAGGACUUCAAGGGCCAAGAGGAGAGGCAGGCCGUCCCGGACAGCCGGGUGAGUCUGGAGUGCCUGGACCACCAGGGAAGGACGGCUCGGCAGGAGAGAAGGGCAGCCCCGGGACGGCGGGACUCCCCGGACCUCCAGGCUUCCCUGGAGCGAGAGGACCUCCCGGACUGUCUGGCAGCCCUGGACAACCUGGAAUGAAAGGAAGUCCGGGAACACCAGGAGAGCGUGGCUUCAAAGGAGAGACUGGGAUGAAAGGAGAAUCUGGAGCACCCGGACCUCGUGGGUUGCCAGGAACAGCGGGACCGGAAGGGAAGAGGGGCAAGAGAGGAAUCCGGGGUCCCACGGGGCCAGCGGGACCUCAGGGAGAGAGGGGAGUGGCUGGCGGCCGGGGGCUUCCGGGACCUGAUGGAGCACCGGGGCCUAAAGGUCAAUCUGGAGAUAGGGGCCCCGUAGGUCCGCAGGGAACAAAGGGAGCUCAGGGAGAUCCAGGGAGACCCGGACCUCCGGGACUGCAGGGUCUGAGAGGAAGUCAGGGACGUACUGGACCACCUGGUAAGCCUGGAAAUCCUGGAGAGAGGGGUAUUCAGGGAGCAGACGGGAAACCCGGAGAGCCCGGACCACCUGGAUCACAGGGAUUGCCCGGCCCCAUCGGACCACCUGGAGACCGUGGAUUUGCCGGUGAGCCCGGUAAAGAUGGGGAACCCGGCCAACCGGGAACGACUGGCCCGAGAGGAGACCCCGGAAAGGAUGGUGCUCCAGGAAUCCAGGGACCUCCAGGACCACCGGGAUCAGACGGAGAGAGGGGUCCGCCGGGACCUGGUGGCCCACGGGGAUUCCAGGGACUCCCAGGAGCAGCUGGAAAUCCUGGAACACCAGGGAAGGACGGAGAGCCCGGAUCGCCGGGUCCUCCCGGACUGUCGGGACCUUCCGGAUCUAGAGGGGACCGGGGAUUCCCUGGAGAGCGCGGUCCUGUAGGACCUCCAGGACCUCCAGGUGUCCGGGGUGAGACGGGCCAGCAGGGAUCUGACGGCCUUCCGGGACCACCUGGAUCUAAGGGUGACAAAGGACAUUCUGGUGCUAGCGGAUUGAUUGGUCUGCCAGGACUGCGGGGACAGCCAGGAGCUCCUGGAGAGAAGGGUGAGAGGGGCUCGUACGGACCACCGGGACCUGAGGGACCACCAGGUCGGCAGGGAGAGAGGGGACCGCAAGGUCCCGUGGGACAGCAGGGGCCACCUGGGGAGCCGGCAGACAGGGGAGACCCCGGACCACCGGGACCCCCGGGUGAGGCGGGAGCUCCGGGAGGACCCGGGGAGCGGGGAGCACCCGGACCGCCCGGCCUGCAGGGUUUCCCGGGACCUCUGGGCCCGGCGGGACCGCCAGGAGGCAAAGGAGAGCGUGGCUUCGUGGGCAUGAAAGGCGAGCAGGGCAGCGCUGGUCAGCAAGGUCCACCGGGAGAACCAGGACCGCAGGGUCUGGUAGGUCUGACGGGGCCGAAGGGAGCUCGCGGUGAACCCGGCAUACGCGGUGACAACGGCAUCAUGGGACCGCCCGGCAGACCCGGCGAGCCAGGACUGGCUGGUUCACCAGGAAACAUCGGCCCUCCAGGUCCUCCAGGACUUCCAGGAAUCAAGGGUGCCCAGGGAGACAGCGGAAGAACAGGAAAUCCGGGGCCACAGGGAUUGCCGGGAGCUCCCGGUCCGGAAGGUCCGAAAGGUGACACCGGUUCAGAGGGGCCAUCCGGACCACCGGGGCAGCCCGGGCCGCAGGGUCCUGCGGGAGACAGGGGGCUGCCCGGACUUCCGGGACCCACGGGACUGGCGGGCGCCCGGGGACCGAGGGGUGCACCGGGUGAUACUGGACCACCGGGAAAACCUGGCAACGAAGGACCACCCGGAUCUCCUGGAAUUUUGGGACCACCUGGACCACCUGGUCCUGCUGGAGAACCUGGAAGUGAAGGUCCUGCAGGCAAAGCUGGGCCACCAGGAAUAGCGGGACGGCCGGGAGACAAGGGACCUCCGGGACCCCUCGGUUCCCCUGGACCCAGCGGUGCUCCGGGUCUGCCUGGGCCAGUUGGACCUACCGGACCACCAGGACCUGCCGGAGAGAGAGGUCCGAGGGGAGAGACCGGACCACAGGGUGUCGAAGGACAGCAGGGUCUACGAGGAAAACCCGGUGCUCCUGGACCGGAGGGUGCCAAGGGAGAGAGAGGAGAAGAGGGGCCGAAGGGCGCCAAGGGCCACCGAGGACUCAUCGGGCUGCAGGGACUGCCCGGACCCAUUGGCCCCCCUGGAGACAAGGGAAUGAUUGGGCCUCCUGGACCACCAGGAAAGGACGGAGAAACUGGAACCAAAGGGACACCCGGAAGGGAUGGAGCUCCAGGGCCACAGGGGAUUUCCGGACCACCCGGGCCCAGGGGUCCCCCCGGAGAGGAGGGUCGCCACGGACCCCCGGGACCUCCUGGGCCGCCCGGACCUCCGGGAGCUCCUGGGGAGUCUCUGGGUUAUGACGCCGCCGCUCUGGCUGCCAUCCUGGGACAGGGCGCCGCCGGGCAGAGCAAGGGCCCUGACCCACUGAGCGGUGAUGAGCCAGCUCGAAUAUUCAGCAAGGACAUCAGUGAAGAGUCACGUCGCGAGCUGGUGAUGCAAGCCUACGAACACCUGAAGAGGUCAUUCGAGCGCUUCAAGAAACCAGACGGAGAGAAGUCGUUCCCAGCAAAAACUUGCAGGGAUCUCUUCCUCGCACAUCCAGAUAAGCCUAGUGGCGACUACUGGAUAGAUCCUAAUGAGGGUGACGUGAGAGACGCCAUCUUGGUAUACUGCAACGCUGACACAAAAGCGACGUGUGUCAAACCGAGCCCAGAGAAGACACCAGAGGUGUCAUACAUAGGACACGAUCAGGAGGUGUGGCUCAGUGAGAUCGAGGGAGGCAUAAAGAUGACAUACAAGGCGGACAGCAACCAGCUGGGAUUCCUGCAGCUGUUGUCGGUGGAGGCACAGCAGAACAUCACCUACCACUGCCUCAACUCAGUCGCGUACUUCGACUCGGCCAAGAGGACCUACCGCAAGGGCCUCAAGCUGCUCGCCUGGAACGACAUAGAGAUCACCCCGCGAGGCAACCAGAGGGUGCGCUACGAGGUCACCGACGACGACUGUCGGUUCAAGAGACCCGAGUGGGCCCAGACGGUGAUCAGCUAUUCGACAGACAAGCCAGUGAGACUGCCCAUCACGGAUAUCGGCCUCCGUGACAUCGGCCAGCCGGACCAGAAGUUCUGGAUCGAAGUUGGCAAUGUGUGUUUCAUCUGAGCGGCCGAACAGACAUUUCCAUCACCUGAUGUGCGACUGCAUAUAUUGUUUCCUAACAGCUGAGCUGGAACCUGCCAGAAAUGAUUUGUACACUAAUGUCCUGUAACAUUCGCAACUUAUGAGCACUCCCAAUAAAUGACCACAGAUUGUA